UGAAGCAUAGGAUCCCAAGUGGCUAUCUCCAAAUCAGACACACUUUUGGGGUGGGUUAUUUUGGAGAUCAGCUCGCUGCUCCGUUUCAUUCUGAUGGUCGGCGUGGCUCAGGAUGACCUGCUAGCCAGAGGUGCUUACUGGUAGCUCAUUUUUCCCCCCAUUUUCCUUUUUGAACUGAUACAUCUGAGCUAGCUGCGUAUAGGCGAUUCCGGGCAGAGUUAAUAAGCGGUAGUUGGGAGAAGAGAGUCCGCCGAGCCAUUCAGUGAGACUGCCUUAAAUCUUUCUGGGUGAGGGUUGCUGGCUUCUGCUUUGGUAUAGAAGGCUGCUCCAGCUGAAGAAAAGGAGGAGAAAGGAAAAAGAAACAAUGGGGUUGCCUCUGCCUGGGAAUAGCAAACCUUUCAUCCAGCUCUGGAACAGGCUCAGACACAAGUUACAAGGCAAAAAAUACUGGGCUCGGCGUCUGGAUGAAAUCCACCUGCUGCAGCAGAAAAGAAUCUGGGAGUCUCCACUUCUCCAGGCUGCCAAGGAGAACGAUCUCCGGGCCAUCAAGAAACUGAUCUCUGAUGGCACCUGCGAUGUCUAUCAAAGAGGUGCAGUGGGAGAAACAGCUCUUCAUGUGGCUGUCUUGUAUGAUAAUAUGGAGGCUGCUCAGGCUCUGAUGGAGGCAGCUCCAGAACUUGUUAAUGAGAGGAUGACAUCGGAGCUAUAUGAAGGGCAGACAGCUCUCCAUAUCGCCGCAGUGAAUCAGAACAUUAAUCUGGUGAAGGCUUUGCUCAAGAAGGGGGCCAAUGUCUCCAGCCCACGGGCCACUGGACUCUUCUUCAGGCGCAGCGCCCAUAAUCUUAUCUACUUUGGGGAGCAUGUUCUAUCAUUUGCUGCCUGCAUGGGGAGUGAGGAGAUCGUCCGGUUGCUCAUUGAAAAUGGAGCUGACAUCAGAGCACAAGACUCUCUGGGGAACACUAUUCUCCACAUCCUGGUUCUCCAGCCCAACAAGACUUUUGCCUGUCAGAUGUACAACCUGCUUCUCUCCUAUGACAAGAGUGAUGAGAGUCUGGGAACCCUGGACUCAAUCCCAAACAAUGAGGGGCUCACUCCAUUCAAACUGGCUGGAGUGGAAGGCAACACCGUGAUGUUUCAGCACCUCAUGCAGAAGCGAAAGCACACUCUGUGGACUUUUGGCCCCGUGACUUCUGUCCUCUAUGACCUCACAGAAAUUGACUCCUGGGGUGAAGAUCAGUCCUUCCUGGAGCUUGUUGUCUCAACCAAGAAGAGAGAGGCCCGUCAGAUUUUAGAUCUGACACCUGUGAAGGAGCUGGUGAGCCUGAAAUGGAAUAUGUAUGGACAUCCCUAUUUCUGUUUCCUGGCCUUGUUCUACGUGCUGUACAUGAUUUGCUUUACCAUGUGCUGUGUUUACCGACCUCUGAAAGCUCGAUCAGAAAACAAAACGAAUAACAGAGACAACACCAUCUAUAUCCAGAAAAUGCUGCAGGAAUCCUAUGUGACAUAUGAGGAUGAACUCAGGCUGGUCGGGGAGCUGAUCACAGUAAUUGGAGCUGUAGUGAUAUUGAUCCUGGAGAUUCCAGAUAUCCUUAGAGUUGGCGCCACCAAGUACUUCGGACAAACCAUCCUGGGAGGACCAUUCCACGUCAUCAUCAUCACCUAUGCCUGUAUGAUCCUGGUGACCAUGGUGAUGCGUCUCACCAGCACCACUGGAGAGGUGGUUCCCAUGUCCUUUGCCCUGGUGCUGGGCUGGUGCAACGUCAUGUACUUCGCACGAGGCUUUCAGAUGCUGGGACCCUUCACCAUCAUGAUUCAGAAGAUGAUAUUUGGAGACCUCAUGCGCUUCUGUUGGCUCAUGGCGGUGGUGAUACUUGGCUUUUCAUCAGCCUUUUACAUAAUCUUCCAGACAGAGAACCCCACAGAGCUGGGCCAGUUCUACAGCUAUCCCAUGUCUCUGUUCACCACCUUUGAGCUCUUCCUCACCAUCAUUGACGGGCCUGCCAACUACAGCGUGGACCUGCCCUUCAUGUACAGUGUGGUGUACUUUGCCUUUGCCGUCAUCGCCACCCUCCUCAUGCUCAACCUGCUCAUCGCCAUGAUGGGCGACACCCACUGGCGCGUGGCCCACGAGCGGGAUGAGCUUUGGAGAGCACAGGUUGUUGCCACUACUGUCAUGCUGGAACGGAAACUUCCACGAUGCCUCUGGCCUCGCUCUGGGAUCUGUGGACGGGAGUAUGGACUGGGGGACAGGUGGUAUCUUAGGGUAGAAGACAGGGUUGAUCCCAACAAGCAAAAGAUGCAUCGUUACACAGAAGCAUUUAAGACCCAGGAUAAGGAGGACUUUGACAAACAGUCAGAGAAGCUGGAUGGGGACAAGAAGGACCUAGCACCAGUUGCUCCUUCAGUGUCCCGGAGCACAUCCCAGAGCAGUUCCCACCGUGGCUGGGAGAUCCUGAGGCGUACCACCUUCAGACAACUUCAAGGGGAAGUCAACCAUGCCAUGGAAGAAGAGGAGGUCUACCAUGUCUGAGACACAUCUCUCCUGACUCCACAAUGUGGAUGCCCUCUGCUGAAGCAUCCAGGUGCUAGUGGAAACUCCAGUAUGGACACUACACUCCAUAGCUAUUAAGAGCUCUCCAGAUGCAACAGGAAUGCUCCGUGCUGCAGGAUGGACACGGUGUCCAAGUCUCCUCUCCCCGUCUUCCAUGUGCCCUUGUUGCUGUGUUGGCUAGGAGCUGAGUUGAGGAGUUUGGUGUUUGUCCAGCUCUGUAACUCUGUAC